AUGGAUUCACACCAGAAUAUUGCUGACCACCCCUACCACAGCAUCCAAGUCCCCAGCGAUGCUCCUUUCAGACUCGGUGUCUCACCUGGAAAAGGAUGGGGUGUAUUUGCCACGCGAAAGAUCCUCAAAGGAGAAAAGAUCCUACAAGAAAAGCCUCUCUUCGUCAUCCGGAAGCCCCACUGGAUGAUCGAGGAAAGAGAUGUGCUCGCCGCCUACUACGCACUGUCAAAGACAGAGAAAGCCCAGUUCCUCAUUGUUCGAGACAAUGGCGACGGCAUUUUUUCAACCACGGAGAGGGCUUUUUCAGAAAACUCCUUCACUAUCCCCGCACAGUCUGACAAGGCGCAUGGCUUCUUCUUACUGCAUUCUCGAUUCAAUCAUUCUUGCCUUCCCAACUGCAAGAUCCCAGAUGACGCUCAACCCGACGACUCCAUAAUCAGCUACGCCACCCGUGACAUCGAAGCCGGCGCCGAGAUACUCUUUUGUUACGAAACAGACUUUGAUUACAGAACUAGGGACGACCGUCACCGUAUACUACGCUUUGAGUGUGUCUGCCGAGCGUGUGACAGAACUUCAGACUUCCACGUUCUCAGCGAAAUGCGACGCAUCCUCAUGAGAGGUCUCGAUUACCUCAAUACUGGUCACGAUAUAGAUGACUCACUCCACGGCUCUAGGACUAGACCGAUCAUCGCUGAUGCUGGGUUGAGAAAGGUAGCGGAAACACACAGUAUCUCGUUGUCUUCCAGGUUCAUAUACAACCUGCUGAUGAUGGCGCUAUGUGAACAGGAGGGCCUGUUAGAUGAGUUUGUCGAAAAGCGCAUAUUACCAGGUAUUGUGCAACUAGCUCAGUUAUUUCGCACUGAGAGCAACAGAGAGAUGGCUAUGAAGGCUCUAAAGCAGGACAAAUGGACAGAGAGAUUUGUUGUUUCGUCGUAUAUGUGGGGAUCGCGCGAUGCAGCGGACAUCGCUUUUGCACAACACUAUCGCUUGCUGGCUAGUCGUAGUAAAAAAUAA